AUGGCGCCACCAGAACAAAAUGAUGCUGCUGUUACUUCAUCUGGUCGUACAAAAAGAGAGAAAGUUGACAAAUUUGGUCGUUUUGCUGCUCUUGCCAGGUUGAAAAAAGCCAAGGAAUCCGGAGAAAAGCAUAAAUAUGAGUUUGAAGAAGAAAAAGAUGUUUAUGAUGUUGUUGACGAAGAUGAAUAUUCUGAGAUGGUACGUCAACGACGUGAGGAAGAUUGGAUUGUUGAUGACAAUGGAGUUGGUUAUGUGGAAGAUGGACGUGAGAUUUUUGAUGAUGACCUUGCUGAUGAUGCUUUUCAUGAAGUUUCCAAAGGCAAAAAAUCUGCUGGUAAAAAGAAUCAAAACAUCCACCAUCCUGAUAGAAAACCCAAAAAGAACAUUCGUAACAUGUUUUUGGAUUUGUCUGGUCAGAAAAAAAAGGAGAAAGACGUCAGCAUUCAAGAAGAUGAUCUCUUAUCUGACAUCAUGGGUGAAAUUCAUCAAGGUCCUACCAAUUUGCAUUUGGGGUCGUUCAAGAAAUCCACACCUGUUUCAUCUGGGAAAAAGGUUAACCGAAAUCCAUUCAGUGUUAGCACUGUAACUCCAACGAAACCAAAACCUUCUUUGAAGCCACGAAAUAUCAUUACCGCAAGCAACAAUAAUGAAGACGAGCCGGUUCUACCAGCAGCCAAAAAGCCAAGACGAGAAAUGCCCGAGGAAGAUCUUGAAUAUGUUGCUGUUCCAAUUGGAAAAAUUGAGCGGGAAGAAGUCAAAGAAAAAAAUGGUGAAAAAGAAAAUAUAUCCGAGAUAGAAAUGACAGAAAUUGAAGAGAAAGAUGCAGAUACAACUGACAUGGACCUUACUGAUAUUAACUUUGAUGAAGAUGUUGAAGAAGAAAAUCCGGAGUCAAAAAUGUCUGUAGAAUGUCUGGAAAGUGGUUGGGAUACAGUCAGUAAAACCAAGGAUAAUUCUUCUGAUGAACCACCUGUACUUGAUAUGCAAGUUGAUGCAUCCCAGUUGCCCCUGAUCACCAAUGAAAAUGGUGAUCAAGUUCUUAGAUUCUAUUGGCUGGAUGCUUAUGAGGAUUUUUUCCAUCAAAAAGGCAUUGUUUAUCUUUUUGGUAAAGUUUGGUUUGAAAGUGUGAAGAGUUUUGCAAGUUGCUGUGUGAGUGUCAAGAACAUUGAACGGCGAAUACGUGUUCUGCCCAGAGGAGCAAGGCUGAAUCCAAAAACCAAAAUAGAGGAUGGCUUACCUGUGAAACUUGCUGAUGUUUAUGAGGAAUUUAGUGAGAAAGUUGCUGAUAAGUACAAGAUCACAACUUAUAAAUCCAGGAAAGUGACCUGCAAAUAUGCUUUUGAACUGGAAGGAAUUCCUGCAGAAUCAGAUUAUCUGGAAGUUAGGUAUUCGUAUGACAUGCAAAUGCUACCUAAUGACCUUCAAGGAGAGACCUUCAGUCAUAUUUUUGGGACCAAUACUUCUGGUCUUGAAAUUUUGCUCCUUGAUCGACAAAUGAAAGGACCUUGUUGGUUGGAUUUGAAAAAUCCUCAAGUCCCUAAUCCUCCUUUCAGUUGGUGUAAAGUGGAGGCCACAAUAAAGAAUUUGGUGGACCUCACUGUUGUUAAAGAACCUUUACCAAUUCCUCCCUUGGUUGUAAUGACCCUCAACUUGAGGACUUUACCGAAUCCAAAGACCCAUCAAAAUGAGGUGAUUGCUGCUGCUUAUUUGGUCAAUAAUGCCUUUGCUAUUGACAAGCCUCCACCCACAAAGAAAAUAUUCCAUCAUGAUUGGUGUGCUAUCAGCAAACCAACUGACUGUAUAUUCCCAUUUGACUUUAAGAACAAGUUGCAAAAGAACAAAAACAUGAAAGUGGAAGUCUCACCAACUGAGCGAGCAUUGCUUGGGUUUUUGCUGGCUAAAAUCCACAAAGUUGAUCCAGAUGUGAUAGUUGGUCAUGAUAUUUAUGGUUUUGAUAUUGACAUUCUUUUGAAUCGAAUCACAGCAAACAAAAUUCCCCACUGGUCCAAGAUUGGACGUUUAAAGCGAUCAACAGUUCCUAAAUUGUCUGGAGGCAGGGGCUCAUCAGCUGAGAAGGCUGCUGCCUGUGGUAGGCUAAUCUGUGAUGUGAAAAUCUCGGCCAAUGAACUUGUCCACUUGAAGAGUUACGAGCUUUCAGAACUGACUCAGCAGAUCUUGAAAGGAAAGCGGAUCAGUGUGGACCAGGAUCAUAUCAAGGACAUGUACAACUCUUCUGCUAACUUGAUGAAAUUGAUUGAAUUUACCCUGAUGGACUGUUCUUAUAUUUUACGUAUCAUGUAUGAACUCAAUGUCUUACCAUUGGCCCUUCAGAUCACCUCUAUUUGUGGAAAUGUUAUGUCUCGAACAUUGAUGGGAGGCCGAUCUGAACGAAAUGAAUAUCUCCUCCUCCAUGCUUUUACUGAAAAAGAUUACAUUGUGCCUGACAAGCAGUUCAAAAAGAAACCAGUUCCAGUGACUGAAUUUGAUGAAGAUGGAGAUC